UAUAUGUAUAACGUUCAAAUUGGUGGAAGCCCAUUGGCCCAUAAUCCACAUCACUAUUGACCUAUUUCAUCCAAAUUUCACAUCCCCCGUUAUACAAUCUAGAGUUUAAACCCUAAUCGAACUCAAAAUGUCGGACAACAUUCCGUUCGAACUCCAAGAGGGAAUCAUCAAAAGGGUUCUUCCUGUCAAAUCACUGAUUCGGUUCAGAUCAGUUUCAAAACAAUGGAAGUCUUUGAUCGAUAGCCCUGAGUUUAUCGCUGAUCACAUCGUCAACCCGGCUCAGCCGCAACAUCUACUGGUGAAGUACAUAGUAGACUCUAAGGAAAAAUAUGUUUCAAUUUCUGAUAACGAUGAUAGCCUCCCCCACCACAACUCUUCCCUUAUUGUUCCUCCAACUAUUAUAGAUAAGAUUUUUUCAAUUCUCGAUUGCUCUCACGGAUUGGUGUGUUUGUACGGGGAUUUUAGAGGUCCAGUGAGGCGCAGAAGCAAAAUGACUGUUCUUUGGAACCCAUCAAUUAGGAAAUCUGUUGGUAUAGUGAUGCCGUAUGAGUUUGUUGUCAUUGGUUUUGGGGUCUGUCCUAAAACUAGUGACCCUAAGAUUGUUGCGAUCAAAAGCGGUAACAGAAUCGAUUCGAAGGCUGUGGUUUUUACAUUAAGCUCAGGGGCUUGGAGAAGUAUAACGGUGAAUCUUCGUUGGCCUCUUAAUUCAAUGCAUUUGUCAUGUAAGCCGGUGGUUAUAGAUGGGGUUAUUCAUUGGAUUGCUUUUGAUAAUCUUCCCCGUUGGAUUAUUUCAUUUGAUUUGACAAGCGAAGAAUUCGGCGAGGUAGAGCUUCCAGAUAGUUUAGCACAUGCCACAAAUCUUUCCAUCUCUAACUUUAAAGGUUCUCUUUCUGUGCUUAUUUACAAAGAAGCUGCCGUGGUUUGUGAUGUAUGGACCAUGAUAAAAACUGGUGAUCCAAUGACCAGAUUUACGACCGUCAGCUUUAAGAGAGAAAGUGAUAGAAUAAUUAGAUUUAUGAAGAAUAGUCAAAUGAUAAGAGAGCACACAUGUAUGAGGCCUGGUAAUUUUCCGGUAACAACACUUGAAGUGUAUGACUCCUACUCAGAGCACAGCAAUUAUCUUCGAGUGUCUGGUUUCUUUGAUCCGCAUAUCAUGAAGACCUCCUACACAGAAUCACUACUUCUGCUUAACCACUCUGUAUCUGUCAUUUUGUGAUGAUGGCCAUGAUUCAACAUGAUAUAUGCAGGGGCGUCUCUGAGAAUUCACGUACCCUGUUCGAGCUCGAAAACUGUGCCCAUAUGCUUUAACGAAAAUUGUUUUUUUUAUUUUUAUUUUUUAAAAUCAUAUUAGUAUUGGGUUGGGCCCAAUAAACCUAAUGUUAAGUUGGGUAAAUUAUAAAGCAUAAAAAGGUAUUUGAUGAUGGGCCUCUAUAUUGGAUUUGUACGUGUUUACAAUUUUUUUUAAAUAAAAUAUAUAUAUAUAUAUCGAUUUUUUUUUUUAAAUCCCGUGCCCCUCGAAAUCACGGGCCUUGUGCUGAAGUCCUCCCCGCACACCAUAAGAGCCGCCCCUGGAUAUAUGCUUGGAAUAGUUGGUGCAGAUCUCCAAUCCGUUGUGUUGCAAAUUCUUAAUCUUUGGUUGAAAGUCGAUCUAGGGUGUUUUCAUGCAUUUAUGAUGUGGUGUUAAUCUAUACGGCUGUACUAGUAUUUGAUUGCUUUUAGAAAAUAUCCUUUUUCGCAAGUAUACAUCUCAUAACAUUUUCCUGCAAGCAUACAUGCGAAGAUUGCAAACA